CUCCUUGGUUAUAAUUUUAGGUUCUCGACUCUACCGACCGUAAUCAUGGCGGACUCAAUUGCCCCUGCCACCACAACUCCCAAGCCCGUCCACACGAUCGUGCUCGAUGCCGGCCCAAUCCUCAAGAAUACCCCGCCGCUCUCAACCCUUCUCGCCCAAAGCGAAGAACUCCUCAUCACUCCCUCCGUUGUGAGCGAAAUUCGGGAUCCUGCCGCUCGUCAGCGUGUUGAGACCCUUUAUCUCCCUUUCCUGAAGCAACGUACCCCGAGCCCUAAGAGUGUCGCUGUGAUCAGCGAGUUCGCCCGUAAGACUGGUGACCGGGCCGUGCUCAGUCGAACCGAUCUUGAAGUUAUCGCUCUUGCCUACGAGAUCGAGUGUGAGCGAAACGGUGGCGAUUGGAGACUUCGCAGCGUACCCGGUCAAAAGCAGGUUAACGGCAAGCCGCCCGCUCCUGUUGUUGUUGCGCAGGAGGACAAAUCUGAGCAGGAGGCCGACAAGCCCGCUGAAGAGAAAGUUGAGGAGGCCGCCGAGACCAAGGAUACCAAGGUGGAAGCUGAGCGUACGGAUGUCGACGCUGUCGCCGAGGAAUUGAAGGACGCAAAGCUGGAGGACCAGCAUGAUGCCGAGAAGCAACCUGAACCAGAAGUUCUAAUCUCAGAAAAUGCUGAACUCCCGGCAGAGGGCGAGGAGGAAGGUUCCGACGAAAAUGAUGAGGAUGAUGAUGAUGGCUGGAUUACGCCCUCGAACUUGAAGAAGCGGCAGGCCCGCGAUGAAGCCAGUUCAGUGUCGGCGGCUCCUGAGCCUAAGGUCAUGCAAGUCGCUACCAUAACUACUGAUUUCGCUUGCCAAAACGUUCUUCUCCAGAUGAACCUGAAUCUCCUCUCGACCACCACUCUGCAGCGUAUCCGACACCUGAAGUCCUUCGUUAAGCGCUGUCACGCAUGCUUUUCCACCACCAAGGACAUGAACAAGCAAUUCUGCCCGCGCUGUGGCAAGGAUACGCUCACCCGGGUGUCUUGCACGACGAACUCAAAUGGGCAGUUCACGAUGCAUCUCAAGAAGAACAUGCAGUGGAAUAACCGAGGAAACGUUUACAGCGUCCCCAAGCCCGUCCAUGGCAGCUCAAACGGCAAGUGGAAGGGCGGCGGUGGAAAGGGAGGCUGGGGUACGGAGCUCAUCUUCGCAGAGGAUCAAAAGGAGUUCAGUCGCGCCACUGCGGAGCAGAACCGCAGAAUGCGAAAAGAGCAUGACCUCAUGGACGAGGAUUACCUCCCCAACAUUUUGAGUGGUGAGCGUAAACAACAUGGUCGUGUGCGCGUCGGAGCUGGUAGGAACGUGAACUCGAGGAAGCGGUAAUGGCCAUUUGGGGUUUCGUUGAUUUCUUUCUUCCUUCUUGCAUUGAUCGGAACUGGCGUCUGGCAAAAAGUUUGAUGAUCCUCUGGCUUCUUUCAGGGGUCUGGAUGACUACGGGAUUAUAAUGGUGAUUGACUUCAAUGACUUGGAUAGACAUACUACAUUCAAGAUGCACUACGCAAUGGACAUAGA